CGCCUCAGUUUACCGUAAGCAGUGGGAAAGCACGUUGUAAGGCUCACACUGUCGUCAUGGCUUUGCGAGGCAAGGUCGCUACGCUUGUGUUGGUCUCCAUCUUCAUCAUCGCAGUCUCCGCUUCUGUGACGGAGAAACUUCUCCAGGUGUCGUUGUUCAGGGUGGGCGAACUUUGGAUUAACGCAAUCACGGCUUUAAUAUCAAGUCUCACGUCCAUCAUCAACACGGUGCCUGAUUUCUCGUCUUGGAGCACCUAUUUGUAUCUGUCAGUAGCGUGUGUAGCAGGAUAUUUCGGAUAUAAACUUCUCUUUACGCCUUUGAACCGGGUACGUAAGUUGGGCGAGGUGGGGUAUGUACCCGAGGGAAGUUGGAACAAGAGGGAGGUGGCGAAUAUGGUCCGGAAACGGCGUCAGGUGGGACAGAUACCCCCCGUCUACCCCAAUGGAUGGUUCGGGUUGAUGGAAUCGUGGAAUGUCCAAGUCAAACAGGCCGUCAACGUGAGCGUCUUAGGACUGGACUUAGCCGUCUUCCGUGACGAGAAAGGGGAGGUGCACGCCAUCAACGCCUACUGCCCUCACAUGGGGGCCAAUCUGGCGGCUGGGGGGCGGGUGUUCGGCGAUACUCUGGAGUGUCCCUACCACGCCUGGCGAUUCCGAGGAGAGGACGGCAAGUGUACACACAUCCCCUACACGGACAAGAUCCCUGAUAUCGCCAAGGUGAAGUCGUGGCCGGUGACGGAGCUGAAUGGAUGGAUCUAUCUGUGGCACCACGCCGAGGGCAUUGACCCCUCGUGGAUGUUACCGGAGCUGGAGGAGAUCUCCAACGGGUCGUGGACGUACCGGGGUCGAAGCGAGCACAUCAUCAACGCUCAUAUAGAGGAGAUACCUGAGAACGGUGCUGACGUGGUGCAUCUAGCCCAGGUGCACGGGUCGUUUAUCGGUGCUGGGAUAGACCUGCGUCACAUGUGGAACAAGAUGUGGGGCUUCGCUAAACACGAGUGGUGCGCAGAGUGGCAUGCCUUGUCUCCCCCAGAUGGACACAUCGGUAACAUCAAGCUACAGCACAGCAUCAACAUGUUCGGCAUCCACUUCCCUCCAGUCGACCUCAACAUCUGCGCUCAACAGAUCGGACCCGGGGUGGUGUAUCUGGAGUUCACUAGCAUGUUUGGCAAAGGAGUGUUUAUACAGAGUCUCACCCCCAUCGAGCCUAUGGUGCAGAAGCUCGUCCACAACAUCUACGUCUCCUGGACAAUGCCCACAUUCAUCGCCAAGUUCUUCAUGUUCGGAGAGGCUAUACAGGUUGAGCGGGAUGUCAUGAUAUGGAACAACAAACGGUAUGAAGGAAGACCGAUGUUCGUGAAAUCCAAGGAGGACUCGCUUAUCGCCAAACACAGGAGAUGGUACUCACAGUUCUACUCCAAAAACAGUCCCCGACACACAUUCCGAAAGGAGAAUAUGGACUGGUGAAAUACACUUCCACAACUCUUCAACGUUGACUGUAACAGUGAUCAUCCUCAUCGUCAUCACGUCGUGUCAAGGAAACGAAGCCCUUUCUUAAGGCGUUUGCCACAAUCGGAUUCGGAUCAACACAAAUGAAGUGGAUGAGUUGGAAAUUUCGGAUUCAGCAAAACGCUGAUUUUUGAGGAGGGAGUAAUGUUUGGAUUCGGAUCAAAGUGAUGUUGAGGAGUUAGUAAUUUGGCAUUCGGAUCAAUAGAAGUGAUAUCUAGGAGUUGAUAAUUUUCGGAUUCUCUUCAAUACAAGAGAAGCCGGAGAGUCAGUUGUAUUCGGCUUCGGCUCAAUAAAAGUAGCUGGGUGUACUGCAAGUGUGGCAUACGAGGAGAACAUCGAGAUACCACAAAGGUCGACUUUGAUGGAACCCUAACGUUAGUCGAGUAAACGGGUCUGUGCAGUUCUACUCAGACGACCUAGAUUUCUUGAUUAGUUCUGGUUUCUGUUACAAAGGGUUCUCUGUGAUGGCUCAUAAUUUCAGUAUUAGGGCAAUGUGCGUGGUGGUACCGUCCCGGGGUUAUAUAUUAUUGUGCUUCCGUCUUGUCAAAGUCGAGUUAUAGUUUCAAAUACAUAAAAAUAGUUUUUGGGAAAUGACAGUUUUGUCAACCCUGCACUGUGAUUUACGUGCAAAUACAUUUGGAAUAUAUUACGAUAGCAGUCUUCAUUCUAUAGCCAGCUUCCUUUUAUACAGAGUUCACUGUACCUUUUGACUUGCCGAAGGUCCGUUGGUCAGUAUACAGUCUCUCGAUAUUCCAGGUAAAUUUUCUGACAGCGGAGGAGAAUCAGAAUAUUUCUCUUAGAGCUAAUAGGUUGCAAAUACGAAUAUGUCAGGUUGCUUUCCAAUACAAGACUGUAAAAUACAGUCUGUCUCGCGUAUUCCGGGUGACACGUUUUUGAACAGUCGGCAUGGACGCCACAGAUAUAUAUAUACGUGUAUGGAAACUGGUGUGACGUCAUGACAGAAACUGGUCGAUGACGUUGAAUGUCGUAAACAAUAACUUGUAGUUGUUGUCGAUCUCAAAUAUAAUGUCAUUAGUCCAUGCAUGCGGAGCAGAUUAAGAUGUCUAUGUCUGCAUACAGUUGUGUUAAGAUACGUAACAUACAGGGAUACUGAAAAUUGCUAUUUCAAUGCAAGAUCUUUCGAUGUACCCCAAAGUGCCAAGGUUGUAUAAAACAAGAUAUACUAUUAUUUGUUGGAGAGACUGACUUGUGAGAAUGUGAGAAUGUAAUAUUUACUAAUCAAUGAAUGAAUGUCACGGACACGUGUGACCAUCUGACGAUGUACAGGUAAUUAAUGGUUUAGAGACACUCGCAAACCAAAGUGCAGAAAUCCGUUACAGUUGUGUUUGCAGUUUGCAUUGUAUCCAGUGCCGUUAUACAAGCUGUCGCUGAAUGACAUUUAUUUUACAAUGUAUAAUAUUAAUGUAUAUAUCUCUGGAUGUGAAAUAUUUAUUUUUAAGUGACAAACACGCUUGUUUCAUUUCUUUCUAUGUUUCUAUCCGACAUUCCAAAGUGUGUCGAUAAUGCAGUGUCAUAUUUAGUUUGGCGCUUCUCGUCCAUGCGCCUAACAUUUGUACGAGUGCAUAGAGGCGCUUAUAGAGGGAAGAGUGAAAACUAACCAUGGCAGAAUCGCCGUUUAUGUUAUGUUGUGGAAUUAUCAAACACUGCGAGGGUUAUGGUUUCGCCAAUAGUUAUAUCCAUUAGGGCAUAUUUCCAUUUUCCACCAUUGGUUUCACCGAGUUCUCUGUCCACUAUAGUUUUAUCACUCAAAGUCCAUGUCCAACAUUAAUUUCAUGAGUCGAGGUCCAUGUUCACCAUUAGUUUCAUCGCUCGAGGUGCUUGUCCACCAUCAAAUUUAUCAUUGUAAGUCAUUGUAAAUUGUCAGUUUCAUGGGGCGGCGGGGUAGGAAAGUGGUUAAAGCGUUCGCUCGUCACGCCGAAGACCCGGGUUCGAUUCCCUACAUGAGUACAAUGUGUGAAGUCCAUUUCUUGUGUCCCCCGCCGUGAUAUUGCUGGAAUAUUGCUAAAAGCGGCGUAAAACCAUACUCACUCACUCACUCUAAGGGUAUGGUUUCACGCCAGUGGAGUUAGGUUAUAGCGUAUUUCUACACCUGUUUAUAGCACUUUCUUAAAACGCGUUUUAAAGCUCAGUUUCCCACUGUUUAUUGGUUCACGUGCUGCCCAUGUUUGUAGCAUAGCGCAUAACUCUCAACAGCAAUUUCUAUGUCUAUUAAUAACAAGGUUUUGCGUCUUUUAUGCACAGUUCACUGCAGUUGAGUUAUGGUAUGUGGGACGUUUACAUCCGAUGAGUUAAUAAAGAUAUCCUGAAGUGGCGACAUGGAAUAAUUAUGCUGAGCGUUGUGAAACCAUUUGGUUAGUUUAAUGUUUUCGUACGUAUUUGAACGCGAGGAACUUAAAAUUACGCUCCUGAAUGCCUCGUGUCACGUAUUCUGUGACUUUAGGGUCCCGCAUUAAGUUCAUGGUGCAAUUACUACCUGAUUUACAAUACCUGACAUUUGCUGCGUAUUGCUCCGGCUUUCCUGUAAAUUGUGCAAGGGCGACGCAUGUUGUACUGCGCUCUAUACCAGCAUUGUAAAUGUGUGCCUGAUUUGUCCAUCAUGAGUGAUCUCCCUUGAAUAUAACUGCCGCCCGGCUCAGCCAAUACCAUAGUGCAUAGUGUUGUACUAUUGUCGUCCAUUACAAAACGGAAUGUAUCGACAAUAAUUUUAAUAUGAUGCUUCUUUAAAAUACUUCACUGCUCUUGUUCAUGAAGUUUCACAUCUGCAGUUUGUCAUUAUUUAGUUCUGCACUUGUUUAUUCGUUAAUUUAUUCAUUUUUGUAAAUCCAUUUAUAUGUUAAUGUCAGGUGUAAAUGCGACUGUUUAGGAGUGCAUUCAUUUAGAAAUAACUAAAUUACAGUGUUGUUUAAAUCGACACUUUUCAUUUGUUGAUAUUUAUGCGUAUGCUUUUGUUGCAGCGUUGUGUGGAGUUUGAAACUAUUGACAACGUGUUUGCAUAAUAUAUAUCCUGUCUUUCACCUCUGUACAGCCGUGAUUACCACUGCUUCGUGUGCUUUCCACAGCUUCACGACUACGGCUGUCAAUACCAACCUGUAUGUAUGUAUAUAUAUGAUGUAAAUAUGCAUUAAUAAAUUAUUAUUUUUC